AGUGAGCAUCAACGCUUCCACCAACACACGUUUCAUUGUCCCAAAGCCUGGAAAGGGAGGAUUUACCGGACAGUUCUUCUCCUGUCUGAAACCUUAUUUAAAAUAACGGUUUUGCUCUUUUUCUGCCGUUAUAUACCAACUUAUUCCCAUAAUCAUGACUCGGUAGCCGGAGCGUGGAUCUGCACCGUCUUUGACUCAGCGACACCUGCUCACGCACACACUCUCUUCUUUCCUUUCUCUUUUGUCUCUGGCAUCUCUGCAGCUCACAGCAAGCAGCGGCGAGAAGGAGGAGGAGGAGGUGGAGCGGGGUGUACCUGACACCUACAGCCGCGCGUCGCAGCCCUCUUCUCCCGCAGAAACAGCCCGAAGUGGCCGCCACCGGUGCCUCCUUCUCCCGCCCGGUUGUCUGUGUGUUAGUUAACCGGAGCUCUGUGCAGUUUGAACCGGGAACAGUGCUUGUGCUGACACGCUGAAAACUCUUGAAAAUCAAUAUUGCAACAAAACACUGACGGCAGGGACCCGUUGAGAACUCCUACUCGAUCUCGGAUCUCAAAUCUCCAGGAUCUUUCUGACUGACUGUAAAAAAAAAAAGGGACUACACCUCAGAAGAUGCGUCUCCCGGUGCUUCUCUGUGUGUUGGCGUGUCUGUGUGCCACGCCGGGCCUGGUGGCCGGGGCGGAGAGAAGCUGCGCCGACCUGCGGCAGUUUUACACCGGGAAAGGGUUCACUUUGAGCGGCGUACCUCAGACCGAGAUCUCCGGUGAACAUCUGAGGAUGUGUCCUCAGGGUCCGACCUGCUGCACCAGCACCAUGGAGGAGAAUCUGGCCGGUCUGACCACCCGAGAGACCGAGGGACUGAUCAGAGAGGCCGGCAGGUCACUGCAGGCUGCUUUCAACGCUCUCCACAGGAGCUUCGACACCUAUUUCACUGAGCUGCACAGUCAGUCUGAGCGCUCCCUCCAGGAGGCAUUGUCUCCACUCGGCCCUCUGUACUCCCAGAACACCCGUCUGUAUGGAGAUCUCUAUACUGACCUGCGACAGUACUACCGGGGCUCCGCUCUCAACCUGGACGAGACCCUGUCUGAGUUCUGGUCCAGACUUUUGGAGCGCACAUUUAAAACCUCUACAGAGGUCAGCCUGUCAGAGGACUACCUUGAAUGUGUUGCUAAGCAACAGGAGACGCUGCGGCCAUUUGGAGACAUCCCUCGGGACAUGAAGGCGAAGGUGAUCCGGGCUUUUGUCACAGCGCGGUCGUUUGUCCAGGGGCUGAUAGUCAGCGGAGAUGUGGUCAGGAAGGUCUCUCAGGUUUCCCUGAGUCCAGAGUGUACGAAGGCUCUGAUGAAGCUGGUUUACUGCCCUCACUGUCGCGGCCUUGCUUCCGUCAAACCCUGCUCCAGCUACUGCUCCAACGUCAUGAAGGGCUGCCUGGCCAACCAAGCUGACCUGGACCCCGAGUGGCAAAACCUUAUAGACACCAUGAUCCAGGUGGUGUCUAGUUUUAGCACAGAGCCCAGUCUCGAUGUGGUCCUCUCCUCCAUCCCUGCUCGAAUCUAUGAGGCAGUUCACUACCAGCAGGAGAACAUGGACACUUUCACAGCAAAAGUGUACCAGACCUGUGGAAAUCCAGGCGAGCCAGGGACAGGAAGUCCCACUCUUCAUGAGCAGAGGAGGAAGAGCGGCUCCCUGACCGCCUCAGAAUACAAACCCUCCCCGACUGCUGGGCUCAGACUGGAGAUGCAGGUAUCAGACCUCUCCAGUAAGCUGAGGGAGAUGCGGCAGUACUGGAUCCAGCUCCCCAUUGCACUCUGCAGCAAACUGGCAGCAGGAAGCAGCAAUCAGGAUAAAUGCUGGAAUGGCAUUACCAAAGCCAGAUAUCUUCCAGAGAUGAUGGGCGACGGCUUGGCCAAUCAGAUCAACAAUCCAGAGGUGGAGCUUGACAUCACAAAGCCAGACAUGACGAUCCGGCAGCAGAUCAUGCAACUAAAAAUUAUGAGCAACAGACUGAAAAACGCGCUGGAUGGCAACGACGUGGACUUCCAGGAUGCUAGUGACGAUAUCAGUGGCUCAGGAAGCGGGAUGUGUGUAAGUGGACAGUGUCCUCGGAGCAGACCGGGAUUGUACGCCUACCCGCCAGACAACAACCGAGUGACAGGUGCAGCAACGUCUCAAACGCACCUCUGUAGCCUCCCUCUCCUGCUCCCAUUAGUCAUCCUGCUGCUUCUGCGAUGAUGGACCACUGCUGCCUCCAGUCAGACUGAAGUCUACAGCAAGGCUGAACUAUGGGACAGACAAAAAAGGGGGUUUGGUGGGGGGAAGAUUGGAAAGUACCUUUGCCAAAAAAUUCAAAAAGACAUUUUGGGGAGUAAAAUGGACAAGGUUUUCUUUGAGCAAGAGGAGCAAAAAUUGACAGUGACAAUAGUCUUUAUUUUAUUUUGCUCAGUUUUAAUGUGUCUUAGUUUGAGUGUGAUUCAGUUUGUUGAGGAUUCUGGAUUAUGAGGAUUAUGAGUGAAGAUGAAGAAGACAAAGAAGAAAAUUAUGACCUUACAAUGAUGAAGAUAAUGAUGAGGAUAUUGAUAAUGAUUUAUUGACUGCCUAUCGGGUCCAUUUAACUCCUGUGUCCAGUCAGUAGGCGGCACAGCUCAGUGAAAAAAUGUUUAGUGCCCCAAUAUAUGGUGCGUUCGACAACACUUUUUUUAUUUUAUUUUUUAACUGGAGGAUGUCUACCUUAACAAACAUUGUGUACGCUGUAAAUGUUUGUGUACAUUAGCUAAGAGACUGGCACCAUAUUCAGCCAUGAAUGUACAGUAUAAUACUAUAUUGGCAAUGAAUCCCCCAUAAUCUGUGAUGUAGUUGUCCAGAUGUUUCGGUGUGUGUUGGCAUAAACAGAUAAAUUCAGUGCAAUUCGUUUAAAAUAUUGCAGAUAAAUCCCCACACUCCUGAAAUGUAUGAGCUGUUGUGAUUGCAAGAUUUUACCUCACUCUUACCGUAUACCCAACCAUUUCAAAAGAAAAAGGAAAUUUCCACUUUUUUUUUUAACAACUCAUCACCUUUGUAAAGAAAUAACAGGUCUUAUCCAAGCACCUAUAAACAAGCACAGACUGACAGUUUCCUGUAAGUCCUGUAAAAGUACAUUGACCAUUUGUGACAACACUCUCACCAGGUUUUGUUACUGUUACUGCGUAAUGCUUAAAAAAAUGCAUUAGUAUGAAAAACAAGGUUUUCAGUUUUUGUACAUACAAUACAGGAUAUUUACAGAAUACUGACAACAUAUAUACAUUAGCCUGGUGAUAUAUCACUUACUCGGCAUGCCUCUUUUUCAGUCUGCACUACUAUACUGGUACAUAUGGAACUUCUGAUUCACACAAAUGAAUUCAGACCUCUUGCACACACAUUUACACACACUGGGGUUGUGUAUUAAACUGAUUUUUAUUCCUGAGUGUACUGAAUUUCACAUUUCGUUUAUUAAACUCUGUUUGAUUGUC